CACAUGACUAUUUGUUGUGGUCCAGACUUCAAUGCAUUUUACAUCAUGUUACAGUAUUAGCGGAGCUUAGUUCAUAUUCAAUAUAAUAAAAUGGACAAUAAACUGUGAUUUUAUACCUAAACGUCUUUUACAUUACGACUAUUUAAACAAACAAAGCGUAUCAGAUUGUUUUUUUUCUGUUACGCGGAUGACUGGUGAGUCGCCAUAGGACACCUGUAACGUUAGCUGGAAACCCUUUUCGGUAGAAAUCUGAAACGAAACAAAUUUUAUUGUAUUUCUUUAGCUCAGUCUAGUCGCUAAAAGAAGAAGCCAUGUUUCGGUGGAUUCUUGGUGGUCGAGAAUCGCAGAGCUCAGUGGAGAAAAGCCCUGUGUUGUGCAUCGGAGAGGAACAGCCCAAAAACUGCUUCACUGAGCUGCAGGUGCUGAAAGGACAUUUUGACAUUGUUCGAUUUCUGGUGCAGAUUGAUGACUUCAGAUGUGCCUCAGCGGGAGACGAUGGCCUUGUUCUGGUUUGGAAUAUUGAGACUGGCGAGAGGCUGCAGGAGCUGAGGGGCCACUCCCAGCAAAUUACAGCCAUAACCACCUUCACCUGUAAUAAUGAGGUCACUUCACACACCUCCCUCAUCACCGCCUCCUCAGACCGAAGUCUCAGCUUGUGGGAUCCUGAUACAGGCAACAGGGUUCAAACUGUAUCAGAUCUUCAGUCUUCUGUAAAGUGUUUGCUGGUAUUGGAGCGAUUGUGUGUGUGGGUCUCAGGUGGGGAAGAGUUGUGUGUGUGGAACAAAGACUUUCAGCUGCAGUGUGACAGACAGGAUCACAGCGACACUGGAAUAACUGCUUUGAUAGAGCUACCAAAGAACUGCAUAGCAGCUGCAAUGGAUAAAGAGAUCAUGAUCUACAGGUUGACAGUGUCUACUGAUUCCUCCGUGUCCGUGGCGAUGAUCCGCUGUCUGUCUGACCACCACGAGCAGAUUCGAGCUCUCAUUAAUGUCAAUGAUGGCCUUUUUGCCAGCGGCUCCCAUUCAGGCGAGUUGAUCUUAUGGGACGCUAUUGAUUGGAACAAUCUGGCCUAUGAGCACAUCCUGUGGGAGGAGUCGCAGACCAGCCUGCAGACUGAAAUUCGUAUGGGUGCUCCCAAACCCAGUGAAAUGUCCAUUCAGCACCUGACCACUAAUGGAAAGCUCAUCCUUGCAGCUGUGGGCAGUGGCCUUUAUGUGUAUGAUGUUGUGACCAAAGCAGUGGUAGCCUACAGGAAGGCUGCACAUGACUCUAAUGUGUUACACACCAUGCUGCUGUCUGAGAGUGAGGUGAUGUCGUGCUCUGAAGAUGGCAGUGUGAGGAUGUGGGAGAUCCAAGACCUGCCUUUGCCUGCUGAACCCGCCUCUGCAGGGUUUUUUGGGAUGUGGACUUUCGGCCGGUCAAACAAACAGUCUCCCCCUCAGUCAAAAAGGGUCAUGGAGCUCUCCAACAUGAGGACGCUGGAGCUGACGGGAGAUCUGAUUGGACACUCGGGAGCCGUCCAGAUGUUCAUUAGUUUUGGGGAGAAUGGUUUGGUCACGUGUUCGACAGACACCCUGUUGAUUCUGUGGAAGAACAGAGAGAGACAGUCUCGCCUGCGCAGCCUGGCACUUUUCCAGAAGCUGGAGGAAAACGGUGGACUCUGAUCUUUAAGUCUUAAAGUGGACGGUUGUAGCUGGAUGUUCAUAAAUCAUUUAAGUUUUGUCUGAUGCUGUUUAAAUCUACUGAAAAACAUUAUCGUUGCCUUUUGACUGAAAACAAAUAUUAGAUGGAAAUGACAAGAGUAAAUACCUCAUUUCAGAAAGGAACAUUUUAAUACUUUUGCUUCUAACUUUUGAGUUUUUAAGCGCUAAGAUGUUUCCUUCCAUCUAAAACGUAUUUACCCAAAACAUCCUGCUGAUUUUUGCUCUCUAGUUCUGAUGUGAGUGGAUGUUGAUUGCUAAUUUGUACUGAUGUAUUUUAAAAUGUAGACAACUGAUUUAUAUUAGGAGUUAGAUGAGAAAUCAAUAACCACUCUAAUCUAACUUUCUAUCUAUUCAUUUUUACCAUGUACACUGGUUGGAAUCGGAGCAACCUCUCCCAGGCUUUCUCCUCCUGAGACUGCUGAGUUGUUACCAAACUGAGAAAGUCGGGGCUGACAAACAAUAUCUCCAGCAUGUCCUUGGUGUGACUUGAUGUUUUCCCACAGUUUGACAUCUAGUAAAUAAUUCGCCUGGGAGGAAUCUUAGAUUGAUUCUAGGGGCUGUCAGUCAUUGAAAAUAUUUAAUCACAGUUAAUUAACUUGUGAUUAAAUGCAAAUUAAUCACAGAUUUUUUUAAAAUUCUUUUCUAAAUGUACCAUAACAGGAUAUUUAUCUUGUUUUUAAUACUCCUGUAAGCAGUUAUGUACAUGCAGUUAUAGAAUAUAUUCCACUUCUGACAGCCUCACCUUCAUUUAGAAACAAACAUGCUAUAAACGGGAGUAACUUGCCUGCAGGGCUCUUGCACAGUUUCCAACUUUUUUAUUUUAUCCAGAUCAGCUGUUGAAAGGUUGCUACUUACAGAAUUACCAGGACGUCUUAGCUGGAAGUUUCAUCACGGACCAUCUUUAGAGGAGGAGGGGGGCUCUCUGAAUCAGCUGUGUGCUGCACAGCAGGUGGUAUGUGAGACACAACUUACUAUGGUGGUAACUUGGUUUGACUGUAGAUAGAAAAUACAUUAGUCUUGUCCAGAGCUUUAAAGCUUUGCAAUGAUUCUGUGUCAAUUUUUGCUUCAGAACCACUUUAUUUCUGCAUCACUUUCUGAAACUUUGUAGAUGGUGCAUGCUUCAAUAGCACUGUUAAAAGGAAUUUCUAUUAAUGUUAGCUUUGACAGCCAUAAUUGAUUUCUCUUAAUGUUUCAUUAGUCAUCUCACAGCAUUAGCUUUGCUCAGUUAACUGAGCUUAGAGAUGGGAAAUGGUAAAAACACAUGUUUUUCUCUGUCCAGAAGUAGAAAGAAAAUGAUCACAAUGCCACAAUGGGAGAGUGAGGUUAAAAGUCUUGUGCAAAACAUAAUUUUUUGUUAUUUUUGUAAUAUGCACAUGUGCAAAGUUAUUUUAGGUCUUCAAACCGAUGGAAAAUUGUGUUUGGAUUCACACACUUCUACCGAUUUGCACAAUUUGUUUUAUACAUCUGUAAAUCAUAUAAUUCACAUUUGUAGCCAUUCUGAAGCUGAUUUAACUCCAUUCUGUUUUAAUUGGAUUAAUAUUAAUUGGAUCUAUUUGUGCUAUAAUAACAUGGCAGUGAUGUUGAUCACUUGUUAUUUUAUGCAUUCAUAUUUUCUGCUGUGGACAGU